AUGGGGAAGAGAAACGCGGGCGCCGGAAGGGAACUGGGGGGCUGCUGUCGGUGUAUCACCGCGGCUGGGCCGACAGAGCGCCGCGGAGCAGGUAGCCGCAAGGGGGCGCUGGGCGGCCAGGCCUGGGGGAGACGGCUCAACCUGGAGNCCGCGCCCGCUCCUCCAUUCCGCCCACUUGGUGUCCCCGUGAACCCGCCCGCGCCUUGUCGCAGCGCAGGACGGGCUCGCUGCGUGCGGGAUCCGCCCGGGCCGUCCUCCCGGCCCGAGGGGCGCCCUCUCGAGGCGCACCCCGGCCUCUACUACGGUGCCGACGAGCAGUGCCGCGUCGCUUUUGGCCCUACCGCGGUCGCCUGCACCUUCGCCAGGGAGAACCUCGUGAGUCCCCGCGUUGGUGCUGCGCACCGGCCCCCCCGCCCCCCCGCGGCAGGCUCCCUCCGCCCACACUCAACGGCCCACACCGCCCAGCUCACGCCCCACCGUGCUCUGCCCUCUCCCCUGGUGGGGCUGGGGUGGGGUGGGGGGAACCCAAGAUGUCAGCAGCUGCCGGGGGCCAGCUACGCCCACCCACAUGUGUCGCUUUUCCCACCUGCCCUUCUACAGGGGUCAGAACUGCUGAGGCACCCAUCCUUGGGGGCUCAGUUCCGAGUGCACCUGGUGAAGAUGGUCAUCCUGACGCAGCCCGAGGAUGCUCCAAAUAUCACAGCCAACAUCACCUCAUCACUGCUGAGCGUCUGUGAGUGGAGCAGGAUGGUCAACCCCCAGGACGACACGGAUCCCGGCCACGCGGACCUCGUCCUCUACAUCACCAGGUUUGACCUGGAGUUGCCUGAUGGUAACCGGCAGGUUCGGGGGGUCACCCAGCUGGGGGGCGCCUGCUCCUCCUCCUGGAGCUGCAUCAUCACUGAAGAUACCGGCUUUGACCUGGGCGUCACCAUCGCCCAUGAGAUUGGGCACAGGUAUGGGGCCUGCCGUCCGUCUGCUCGCCUCCGGAGACACGCUGCCGAGGGCAGCGUCCUGCACCUGGAGCUGCUGGUGGCCGUGGGCCCUGAUGUCCACCAGGUUCACGAGGAGGACACAGAGCGUUACGUGCUCACCAACCUCAACAUGGUGCCUGUGGGUGUGUGGGGUGCCCGUGGGUGUGUGGGGUGCCUGUGCGGGGUGCCCUGGGUGUGCGGGGUGCCUGUGCGUGUGGGAGAUGGUGCUAUCCUUCUCUUGCAGUGGUGCUCCAAAGGUCACUGCCGCUCCUUGGCAGAGCUGACUCCCAUGGAGGCAGUGCACGGGCACUGGUCUGGGUGGGGUCCCCCCAGUCCUUGCUCCCGCUCCUGUGGAGGAGGUGUGGUCAUCAGGAGGCGGCAGUGCAACAACCCCAGACCUGCCUUUGGGGGGCGUGCGUGCGUAGGUAAUGACCUCCAGGCUGAGAUGUGCAACACCCAGGCCUGUGAGAAGACCCAGUUGGAGUUCAUGUCCGAACAGUGUGCUCAGACCGACGGGAAGCGCCUGCACUUGUCCCCAGGCAACGCCUCCUUCUAUCGCUGGGGCGCCGCUGUGCAGUACAGUCAAGGGGACCCUCUGUGCAGAUAUAUGUGCUGGGCCAUUGGUGAAAGCUUCAUCGUAAGGCGUGGGGACAGUUUCCUGGAUGGGACCCGCUGUGUGCCAAAUGGCCCUCAGGAGGACGGGACCCUGAGCCUAUGCGUGUCAGGCAACUGCAGGACAUUUGGCUGUGAUGGCAGGAUGGACUCCCAGCAGGUGCCAGACGUGUGCCAGGUGUGUGGAGGGGACAACAGCACGUGCAGCCUGCAGAACGGCUCUUUCACAGCCGGAAGAGCCAGAGAGUAUGUCACAUUCCUGACGCUUACCCCCAACCUGACCAGCGUAUACAUCGCCAACCACAGGCCUCUCUUCACACACCUGGCGGUGAGGAUCCGAGGACGCUACGUUGUGGCUGGGAAUUCAAGCAUCUCUCCCAGCACCGCCUAUCCCUCCCUCCUGGAGGACAGCCGUGUUGAGUACAAAGUGACUCUCACUGAGGACCGUCUGCCCCACCUGGAGGAGAUCCGCAUCCGGGGACCCACCCAGGAAGACGUGGAGAUUCAGGUUUACAGGCGCUACAGUGAGGAGUACGGUGACCUCACCCACCCAGACAUCACCUUCACCUACUUCCAGCCUAAGCAGCGGCAGGCCUGGGCGUGGGCUGCCUUUCGGGGGUCCUGCUCGGUGAGCUGUGGGGCAGGGCUGCGCUGGGUGACCUACCGCUGUCUGGACCAGGCCAGGAACGAGUGGGUGGAGGCUGCCCGGUGCGGAGGGAGCCAGCAGCCCGCAGCAUGGCCGGAGCCCUGUGCCCCCGAGCCCUGCCCCCCUCACUGGGCAGCUGGCGACUUCGGCCCGUGCAGCGCCUCCUGUGGGGGCGGCCUGCAGGAGCGGACGGUGCGCUGUGUGGAGGCCCAGGGCCACCUCCUGCGGACGGUGCCGCCGGCCUGGUGUAGAGCACUGGCCCAGCAGCCAGCUGAGGUGGAAACCUGCAAUUCUCAGCCCUGUGCCCCCAGCGGGGAGGUGUCAGAUGCGUGCUCGUUGGCUUGUGGAGCAGACCUGGCUGCACGGAACGUGACGUGUAUGCAGGGGGCUGAGGGCCUGGAGGCACCAGUGACUGCUGGGCCCUGCUCCACAGACAAGACGCCACUUGCCCUCGAGUCCUGUGUGGAGAUGGCCUGUCCUCCGGGCUGGGGCCACCUGGACCCCCAGCCUCCGGGGGCAGAGGCUGCAUCGCCGUUGGGCAGUGCCGGGCUGGGGGCUCGAGCUGCACACGUGUGGACCGCCCUGGCGGGGCUGUGCUCCGUGUCCUGUGGUCGAGGCCUGAUGGAGCUGCGUUUCAUGUGCAUGGACUCUGCCCUCGGGACACCUGUCCGGGAAGAGCUCUGUGACCCAGCAGCCAAGCCUGAGAACCGGCGGGAGGUCUGCCGGGCUGCCCUGUGUCCAGCUUGGUGGGAGACCCGAGCCCUGGCGCCGUGCCCGGUGACCUGCGGAGUGGGGCAGGUGCCGCUGGCUGUGCGCUGCGUGAGGUUGGAACAUGGACACUCCAUCCCCCUGCCUCAUGCCAAGUGCUGGCCGGUCCCCCGGCCCAGCUCCUUCAGGGACUGCAGCCUGGAGCCCUGCCCUGCCAGGUGGCGGUACAAGCUGGCAGCCUGCAGUGUGAGCUGUGGCGGAGGGAUUGUGCGUAGGAUCCUGUAUUGUGCCCGGGCCCUCGGGGAGGACAAGGAUGAAGAGAUCCUGCCAGAUGCCCAGUGCCAGGAGCUGCCUCGCCCAGAGCAGCAGGAGGCCUGCAGCCCAGAGCCCUGCCCACCCAGGUGGAAAGUCACGUCCCUUGGCCCAUGCUCAGCCAGCUGUGGCCUUGGCACUGCCACCCGCUCGGUGGCGUGUGUGCAGCUGGACCAAGGCCAGGACACAGAGGUGGACGGGGCAGCCUGUGCAGCUCUGGUGCGCCCGCGGGCCAGCAUCCCCUGCGUCAUUGCCGACUGCACCUACAUGUGGCACAUCAGCACCUGGACGCAGUGCUCCGUCUCCUGUGGGGAUGGUAUCAAGCAUCGGCGUGUUACCUGCCUUGGACCCCAGGCCCAGGGGCCCAUGCCAACUGAUUUUUGCCAGCACUUGCCCAAGCCAUCGACUGUACAGGGCUGCGGGGCCGGGUCCUGUGCAGGGCAGGGGAUACCCAGCCUGGUGCCCCACGAGGAAGCCACCACUCCAAGCCAGACCACAGCUGCCACCGCUGCCUCCUCCCCCAGCGUGGAAACCCCCAGCCCUGUCCUGCUGGGAGUGCUCCAACCAGAAGCUCUGCUCACCUGUGCUCCUGCUCCCUGUCCAGGUGCCUGCGGCCGGCAGCACCUUGAACCAACAGGAACCAUUGACUUGCGAGGCCCAGGACAGGCUGACUGUGCAGUGGCUAUCGGGCGGCCCCUGGGUGAGGUGGUGACCCUCCAAGUCCUCAAGAGUUCCCUCAACUGCAGCGCUGGGGAGAUGUUGCUGCUUUGGGGCAGGCUCACGUGGAGGAAGACGUGCAGGAAGCUGUCCGGCAUGACUUUCAGCUCCAAAGCCAACACGCUGGUGGUGAGGCAGCGCCGGGAGCGGCCGGGAGGUGGAGGUGGAGUGGUGCUGCGGUAUGCCAGCCGGCCUGCCCCCGGAGCCUUCCACAGAGAAUGUGAUGUGCAGCUCUUUGGACACCGGGGUGAAAUCAAAAACCCAUCGAUGAGUCCAAAUGGGAGGAACGUGGGGGGCUGCCGCAUCUUCAUCAACGUGGCUCCGCAGGCCCGGAUAGCCAUCCACGCCCUGGCCACCCACAUGGGCACCGGAACUGAGGGAACCGAUGCCAGCUACAUCUUGAUCCGAGACAUCCAGAGCCUGAGGAUGACCACAUUCCGAAGGCAGCAGGCGCUCUACUGGGAGUCAGAGGGCAGCCAGGCUGAGAUAGAGUUUAGCCAGGGCUUCCUGGAAACACACGCCAGCCUGCGGGGCCAGUACUGGACGCUCCGGUCUAGAGCGCAGGAGCCGGGAAGGGGCCGGCCCUAGCUUCCUCUCCAAGCACAUCCCUCAGUUGACCCACGCAUGCACUGGGGUGCACUGCACGCCCGGCUCCAAUCCUAGAAGGUUAAGGAAGGAACCUGACAUUUAUGGGUACCAGUAAGGUGCCUGCCCAGUCCCGGAGAGCUUUCCAAUUUGAAUUCCCCCCAAUGUUAAGAAUCACUUUUAGCUCCUCCUUCGACGUGCACAACGCUAGGGAGCGGGAGGGGGUACUCCCCGGAAAGGCAGCCCCCAGCACCUCCGGUACCGAUAAACAGAACGUGCGGUCUGACUAGCGUUUUCUUUACAUAACCUGUCAGAAACGGGCUUGAAAAUGUGGGGACCCAGGCCCAGACCCUAGGCUAGGCAAGCUCAUUGUGGAAAGUACCCCCGCCCAGAGGAAUUAGAAAAAAUUCAUGCUUCAGCCAAGCUUAGCAGAAUGUCCUGUUAACACUGUAGUUAUAACUGACAGUCUCGUCCUGUCAAGAUAGCAGGGUGCAGUUAUAACUAUGUUACAGCCUGUUAGAUUAAGAUAGAAUAACCGUGUUUUUUUACUCACUAACCGCUUUUUUUGCUUCUGUAUCCAGCUUCAGCUAUAAAUUCCCCACCAGCCAAGACUUGGAGGCCGUUCUCUUGCAGAGUGAGGCGGUCGGUCGCCAGGCUUGGCUAAUUAAUAAAGCCUUUGGAACGAAAA